GAACAAGAUGGACGUAGGGAAUAUUCGAGCGGCGCCGUUUCCAUCAGCCGCAGGCUCCUCAGGGCAGUGUAGAGAGAGAACGAAGUUGGUCUGCAGUAGUCGUCAGGGUGGUGGCUGAGGCGCUUCAAAGCUGACUAGGCGUGCCUCCUCUCAAGUGGACCUCCGGGAAUGUUUCGCCCAGAGCGCCAACCUUCGUGGUUCACCGUCAUUCCCGCUGUGGCGCAAAUCCUCGCCGAUGUGGCACAGCAGAUAUUCCUGUCCACCACCACACCAGCGUCUAUUUUCGUGCAACGCCCAGUUACCAGUGGUGGGGUUCCCUCGUUCGACUACAUGGUGCGUUUGCCAUCAACUUUUGUCUCUCGUUUAGAUGCACCAACACAUCUCUCACUCAGAAUCAUUUUCUUGAUCACUUCGCACACUUGCCUCUAACAUGCACACUUCAAAUCAACGCAAGCGGUACACGUAGAUACGUACGAAGGUCUCGUAUC